CCGUCAUGUUGAUUGUGCUCUGAAAUAGUUUCCUAAUUCUAUAUUUGAUUUGUUUCUCACUCAGUCGCUAUGCUCCCUCACAUAUUACUUGACGGGUUCCCAAGACUGCACAUAAUUUUACGCCAAGGCUCAGGAAGUAUAUGUGCUGUGACUUUCUCUUAAAAAGGGAGAAGACAAACUCGUUUUUCCCUUCCUAGCAACAACAACAUAUACCUCAUUUCCCUAAAAUACAAUUUAAACCUUCUAGAAUCGAUUUCAUUAAAUGUUUCUUAACAUUCUUUACCUCCAAUGAAGGGAUGGGACAGAAUUAAUUUCACCGACCCUCUCUCAGGACAAAAAGCUAUAUCUGGAAGAACUAGCCGUUGAGGCCGGCAUAAAAAUGAUAAUGAUAGUAAUAAAUACUUAUGAAGCGCACUUAUCUAAUAACUUACCCAAUGCGAUAUACAAAACAGAAUACACAAAUCUCUCUCCAGAAUUUUAACAUCAUGAUAGCAUUAGUAACUCUGAGUAAAUAAAACCUUUUUAACAUGUUUCUGAACGGUUUCUAGGCAUAAUGGCCCGAAUUCACAAAGGAGGUUGUCGACAAACCUUUGUGAAUUCGGGCCUGAAUGUUUGGCAGCUUAUGCUCUUAGUAUAAUGUAAUUCGUUAUUAUGAAGUAGGCUGAAGUGGUUUGCCAGCAUGUUUAAAAUACUCUUGAUUACUAUUUUCAAUUUUAUAGAAACACUUUUAAGUAAUAAGUAAUAAACUUACUUUAAAGUAAUGCUACUUUGUACUGUAGAAACUUUUCUAUUAAGAAUGCUGAAUGUGCUCUCAUUUUCUUGCCGUGUUUCAAACAUUCUGAUGACAAGUUAAAUUCUAAAUGUACAACACCCUUGUUGCUAAGCCUGUGGAUAAUUUCUUCCUGGUAGUGUUCGCUCACCACCCAAGCGGGUACAUGGUAAUCCCAUCUCACGAAUAACUAUAUAGGGAUGAACACAAUUUCAUAUGGAUGACACUCUGUUUAAAGGAAUACAAAGUUAUUUUCUUUUUAACAAAACAAAAUCUGAACAUUGCUCUUAUAAAAGAAUGAGGAAUUAAUGGGGAUACAAACAAAUAUAUUACGCUGGUCAAUUCUAACGAUAUGUCUUUUAGUUUUGUAAAGAUGUUCUGUAUCCCGAUGGGUCACUGGGUUCGAUUAUCCCUCUUCCACAGCUGAAACUACACCCUGUUUGAUCUGAAUAUUGAUUCACAUCAACUCAAAAUUAAAUGCAAUUGUAGUUGAACUGUGAAUACUAUUCUCUCAAGAGGGCGUGCUUGACUUUAAUUCUUUCUUUCUAUUAUUGCACCGUUGCUAAAUAAUGAUUUGAUCCAGCGAAGCGGUCCAGGCGGUGCGCGAACUCGCACCCCCAGGCCAGGCUAGUCACAAAAUCACCCAUGAACUUGGCUAGAAGUGAACGCGUUAGCUCUUGACAUGGGUAUACCAGAUGUAAACGCUUGAGGACAUAACUGCGAUUCUUUAUCGUAAAGGGAUUAAACCAGAAAGAGAAAAAUGCUAUCGUGAUUGGAAUUAUUAUCGAGGGGAAUACACGUCAGAAUAAGCAACCGAUUAAAGACCACCCGACUAGAGCUUGAUACCAUCGCAGACUGACCUACUCCUACGCCUCUCCACCAAAUACCACUUUGGUUAGUAUACCGUGUCUUCAUGAAUGAGGAGGACUUGUUCAUCAGUAAAUGUUUUGCAGAGAGUUCUUGAUCAACGCAUCUUCAUGAUUAAAAACGGCAAGGAGCAACAAUCAAAAUCCAACAAUCUACUUUGCAGAAUAAUUUAAACAGCUGAAAACAGCUUAAUUCAUGUUUUUUUUAUUUUUUAUCAACUUUAAGAUUAAAACGAGAAAAGCUUGCUACCAGGACCAAUCAGCUGAAUUUGAUAAGACAUGCAUGUAAAUAUUCAACAUCUUGAUGAGAUUCGUUUUGGUUCGUACUUCAAGAUGAGAUUGGUGAUGCUCUUGAAUGGGUCAAGAAGGUUAUCGGCAUUCAAUCCAUUCCUUCCUCAUUCUCUAAAUCCUAUCGGCUACAUGGAAUCUUAAAAUGUCACUUUAGAUGAUCCGUGUAAACCUAGAUAUAAAUCCAGCUGUCAGAUUGAUUUUCUUUCCUUCUGUCGAUCGCCAAGCAAGCAGUUGACGACGAAAGAAACAAGAUGAUUCGAGCAGAAAAAUAGCCAUGCUAUAUGAGUGCUUAUUGAUGAAGAGUUCUAAAUGACGAGUUGGGUCGCAUUCAUCCUUGAAUGGUUGUCUUCGAUGGGAGAUGGGGGUGCUUGACAGAGGAAGAAGUUUGUCUCUUUCAUAGAUCAACUGCUUUCUGAAACACGAUCAUCACUACCAUAUUUCUCAUUUUAUGAUGAUAUUACGUGAUUCGCCGAUUUCUUCACAUUAUCGCGGUAAAUGGAUUUCAUCAAAAAGCUGUCAGUGAACGUUUUAAAGUAACUUUGAUCGCUCAUUCAAUUUUUUAGUCUCAAACUGAAAUCACUACAUGAUCAGUGACUAUUGUUGAUAAACACCUAUCAUAUCGAUUCAUUGCGAUUGUUAGAGGUGAAUUUACGUCAAUGGUCGACAUCCGUGCAUGAUGUGACCAAUCAGAGUUCGGUUUUGAAAUCACGUGACUAGUUGUAAUGAUAUUAACCUUGUUUCGUGUGUUCGUGCUUGUGAAAUCAUCCUACACAUCUAUCGAUAAUUACAAGAACGUGGCGGAGUCUGGAAUAAAACAUUCCUCUUUUCUUGGAAUUAAUUGCGAUAUUAGAGUUCAUGUCAUGGAUCAAUCGCGUUUCCUUAUCGAGAUAAUAGAGCAUAACAUGAGAUGAGAGUGGACGACCAUUUACCAUUGAACGUGCAACUACAUGCUCUAGCUUUCAAACCAUCGUAUUAUGCUUGCCAAAGAUCAGAUAUCCUUUAUUCAGGAAACAAGCUUUCUCAUGUUGAUCUUUUUCGAUUUAUCUUUUAUCAUUUAUUUUCAUUCGGGAAGCAAAACUCUAAAAUGUAGGAAAGCGAAUACAUUUUAACUAAAAUACUGGAAAUAAACACAUAUCAGUUGAGAAAAGCAUCAAAUACUUAUUUUACUCUGUAAGAUCCCUUUCUGCUGCAAGAAUGUGUGAUGAUCAGUUUAGGACUUGAGCUCCUUGCAAUUUGAUUAACUGACUUAAAAUGAGAAUGUUACUGUCUUUAAGUCGACCUUUUGGUCGCAGUUUAGGGCGUAGAAUUGUGAUGCAACUGAUUUCUAUCGGAUGUUUGUUUAUGUUAAUAUGUCUUCAUCUUCAGUAUGAGUUUACCAACAGAGCAGCAGCCUCAUCGCGAUUAAAUCGGCAUUCAUCUUUAUCAAAUCAAAGGAAUUAUGAGAAACGUUUCCCAACUGAUGACGAUGAAAGACUAAUUUUUAACGAUAAAACAGCGAGACGAGAACGGAUGCGGACUCGAAGAGAUGAGGAGGAUGAUAAUGACGAUAUAGACUUGUUAUAUAUUGAUAUCAUUGACGAGCAAAAGAAUUCUGGAGGAGUAGGAGGAGCCAUUGAGAGAAGUGGUAUGUUGGAGGAGAGGGGUAAUAAAGGAGGCUCAGGGGUGCAGUACCAGCUUGGUAGAAAGGCCUUAUUAUCAAAGAGGAUUUCAUCCAUUGGAGAUGAGUAUGCGGCGGAGAGUGGAGAGAGGACUCAUGUUGGUCUAUUGCUUCAGCCGUGGGCUAGUAAUGAGCAUUCCAUGGACGCUGAGGCAAAGCGAUUCUUCAAAUACAUUACUACAAUUCAGGUGCAAUGUCGGGAGCAACAUGCUGUAGGGCGGAGCAAUCCGAGUGGAACCGGUCUAGACUGGCCUUGGAUGGUCUGCUUCGAUGAAGGUUCAUCAUACGUGGGAAGAGGAGCUUUAAGACCCGGAUGUGUGGUUUACUCAUUCGGCGCUCGUUCAUCGAACAUUCGUUUCGAGAUUGAGAUGGCUGAAAGAGGAUGUGAGGUGCAUAUAUUUGAUCCUAGUGGCCGCAUGAGGGCGCAUAUCUUAUCUGAGAGUAAGCAACAUCGAGUAAGCAACGACGCAUUGCCUGAGAACAUUGUUAUUCACAAAACAACACUUGAUUGGCGGGAUUCAAACGUUGGAAACCAACGCACUUCGUCGUCAUGGAAACCAAGCAAACUCUCUGCUAUCAUGACCAAACUAGGGCAUGAUACGAUCGAUAUUGUUCGUGCUGAUCUUCAGAGUGCUGAAUGGAAAGUAUUAGAAAACAUUUUACUUGACGGGACUGUAUCCCGGAUUCAUCAACUCAUCUUUAAUAUUCAUCUCAACUGGAGUGGGUUUGAGGUUCAAGGAGCCAAUCAUGACGUCAUUCGUUUCUGGUACAGUGUUCUGAAGAAACUAGAGAGGGCGCGCUAUCAAUUAUUUCACAGUUUAGAAGACAAAUCUGAACCCUCAAUCUUCUUGGGCCAAACUAUGCCCAACAUUAGUAGUACUUAUACCUUAGGAUGGGUCAACACUUCGUGGAGGUGAUACAAACUAACACUACAUGUUUAGAUACCCCGCCUCAUUCCAUAAAGAGUUACAUUGUUGUUAUUUGAUGUGUUGUUUGUUUGUUUAUCCGAUUUUGUAAAGCAGCCAAAAGAAGAAAAAACGGUUGUCAUGUUGCUUUAUUUAUGUUGCUUAACUCACUACUUUAAUGUACUAUCAUGGUUUUGGCUCUUUAAACAGAUGAGCAAUAAUUUAUGAUGUAGGAUAUGAAAAAAAUGUUAUGUUUGCAUACUAUGGCAAAUCAACGCACAGCUGUUGUGUGUAUGAAUUAAAAUACAUUGUGGGAUUGCCAGAGAUAUGAAGUAUAUAGUCAGAACGACGCUAUCUCUUUGAACUUUAGUUUCUUUUAGAUGUUUUAAUAUAUAAGGAAAUCCUAGACGGAAUAUAAAAUGUAUAUCUGGAGUAAUUGUCUUUCUAUACACGUAGAGAAUAUUGCUUGAUGUCUUCUCAUUGUUUUAGCUGGUUAAUGAUGUGUAUAGUAUUGCGAUGAUAGGAUUCUGUGUGGUAUAUGUAUCAAUUAGGAGACGGUGAUCAUAAUUUGACGAAAAAGAACUAUUUCAUCCUCUCAAUUAUACCUCCAAAUCAUUUUGAAAUCAUACUUAAUAGUGAGUCAAGCCUCGGUCACAAAUGCCAUUACGAACUGCUACGAACGCCGUACGAACGAUUUUCAAACAAUGGAAAUUCGGGAAGACAAUGGAAAAACAGGGAGAUUCGUACGAAAUUAUCGUUCGUACGAACCUUUGUGACCGUAGCAUUAGGUUUUAAUGUGUUUAUACAGUUUGGAGAAAAAUGUAAGUCAGAUCAGCACAAAGAUUAUAUCAUAACUCCAUAUCGAAAAUACCUUUUCGAAGAUACUUAUGUCGAAUAUUUUUCAACGUUUUAAAGUAUUAUGUGACAUUGUAUACUCCUUGUGACAGUUUCGUCAGUCUGUUCUUAAAAUGAGAUGUAAGUAUGCUGCCUAUUUAUAGUGCUGCCUAUUUUAGUACACUGCAAUCUUUACUCUUUGAUGGGGUUAUCGUAGACAUGCUCCUUCAGUUGGAAGGUUCGAGAUGAUAUACGCAAUCUAAUUAAUUUGUAAUUCAAAUGAACUUACCCUUAAAAAUCUAUCUUUCUUCUUGGUUUUUCCUCCAUUGUUUUACUUUGGUGAUGCAAUCACUCCAAAGAUGUGAGAUUAAAAUGGUUGUUCAUCCAAAAUGAAGAAACCAUAGCUGUAGUAACUGCUGCUGAAACUGUAGUUAAAGCCUGACUGCAAUGACCACCAUAACGAAAGUGUUGCUCUAUCUAGUAGCACCUUAACUUUCCUUAGUAGGUACUGGUAGAGUGGUAUCCCACCCAUCGUGGCAUGAAAGUUUGACAGAAGACUUGUUAUCCUAGCCGCAACACCAUCUAAAAUCAAACGUUAACCCAAGAUAUAAAUAGUCUAUGGAAUAAUACAAAAUUAUUCAUCAUCUACUUAAUAGCUUAUGACGGGAAUUAUAAUCAUCAUCAGUCAAUACAAUGAAAUACAUAACAGAAAAGAAGACAUCUGUCAUAAUGAACUACAUUGCAGACAAAUAUCCUUCAAAAAUUCGAAAGAGCCUGAUUCCUGAGCUCAUAUUCUGCUAACAUGUACUUUCCUUUAUCAUUCAUAAAUGAACAAAAUAGUGUAUAAAUUAAGAGUGAUAUUAAUUACUUUAGAGAUAUGAUUCACAGUUUUCAUUCUUUAUCUCUAAUGCAGAGGUUCACUUGUGACCUUGACUCUCUCAAUGACAAAUAAAAACGUGUAAUUUAUCAUCAGGAAAAAUAAUACAAAUAUGAAUUCAACUUACAGUCUGACUUAGUUGACUAAAUGCAGGCCUCAAUGUCGGUUCUGGUGAUCUUGAUACUCCAUGGAACUUAGACUUGCAGCGCAAAAUGCCAUGUUUUUCAACUAUGAAACUUCAACUUGUAUUCACCUCCAACCCAUAGGUCCUGCAUGUAUGGCUUCUGUGCAGAGUGACACUAAACUGCUACGUAAGGCAACCCAACCACUACAGAUAUGCAUCACUUGUUUGAGCUAUGUAGAGUGCUCAGUGCAGUGGAGUCUAACUACCCAAUGCAUUCAGCCAAAUUAUUUAAUGUAGGCCCUAACAAUAAGCGGGUAGAAUUGAGGGAAAGGUUGAACCCUAACAACCUAAUUAUGUGUAUAAUGGAUACAAACAUAACACAUCAUGAGAUUAUGUCACCAGACGUAUACCAAUUCCAUUCACAAUCAUUAAUAAUGCGCCUUGAACCGUCUCCUUG